AUGGCUAUUGCUUUCUUUCAGAUCGGUAAACACAACCGUGCCCGCAUGAUCGAGGUGGAGUGCAUGCAGCUUGGGCGAUUGCUUGACCUCCACCGCAUAGAGGCGUACAGGGAUCUCGACUAUAUCGAAACGCAACUACGUAAAAAGGGCUUCUGGUUGCUGUUCUAUGGCUAUAUACAUACAGAAGUUCAAAACUUUCGCAAAGAAAGACUCUCUUAUCUGGAUCACGCCGCGUUAGAAACCAUCAACCUUGAGGCUCUUAUGCCUUUGGAAGUCGAGGAUGAGCAAAUCUUUCAGCACCACGUCGUCACUUCACCUAUCGCGCGGCUGGGUCUGACUACGGGCUUUGUGAUACACUCACGUAUUUUCUGGCAAGCACUUCAAGAUGCAAACAUCAACAACACCGGGUGUCUAUGCUGUCGCUCUCGCUCGCCCGUAGCACAAGUGGAGCACCUUCGGGGUCGGCUAAGGGAUCUCAAGUAUGCUUUGGACGACGCGCCUCUGCAACUGCGACAGUGGGUAUUGCCAUAUUCGCUUCCGGCAUCGGAAGUCAUCACACACUCGCAACAAGCAACGUUGCGCGCCAAUAUACACGUGACUCAUCUAUGGCUUCAGAGCAUGCUGCUGGACCAACUGGAUUUGCUCACGUCGGCUGAGGAGCAUUGGCACGAUCGCGAAGUCAUCUCCAGCCAGCUUCUCCACGUAUUGCACAACACGCCGCAGAAGGACAUUGAGCCAAAUGGCCUUCACUUGGUUUACAAGGUGCGCGACGUCGCAGUCGGCCUACUCGCCUGCCCUUUCGCCAUUCCAGAUCCGUCGGCGAAAAGAGCCCAGGAGUAUGUUCGGGAGUUUACUGACAUAAUGGCUCGCCUGGAUGCAAGUGAAACCGUGAACACAGCCAACAUUCAGAGUUGGAUUGAUACUGGCAGACAGAACAUCCCAUCUACCGCCUGA